CCUGUGGGACACAGAGGAGAUGGGUUACGGGCAGUGACCGCCAGGUCUGGCAUGACGCCCUUCCCAGAAAGGCCCAGGCUGAGCCUGGAUGGAGCUGAGGGUGAGCCCCCUAGGCCCCACCCAAGAACCUGUCUCCCUAAUGGACGAAGAGAAAAGGAGAAUCCAGGAUGCCUUCUCCCAGGCCUCUGGGAUUUAUCCCGAGUCCACCAGCCAUGUCUUCAGCUGAGAUUACAGAAGAGCCUCACCUCUAAACCAAAUGUGGGAACAAGCUUCCUGCCUCCUCCCCCUCUAAGCCAGCUGAAAUAUACCUAGUGAUCUUCCCCAGCUAUUUCUUUCCUUGUACCCCAUCGUAUGUGCACUCGAUUCCAAUUUCUCCUUUUAAUGAGUGGAAUUCUCCCAUACUCAGCCCAGCCUUUGCCACCUGCUAUUUCCUUAAUAUACUCAUUCCUUUUAUUCAUCCCUUCUCUCCAUGAGCUCUGUGCUUCUGCCACAGCGGUCCCCUUAGCAAUUUAAACUGAAGUUGUAUUGUUACUGAACACUGUCAAGACAGCUUCUUUGAAUGUGCCAAGAUCCCCUGGCCAUCGUCUGGGUUAAGGAGUGCCGAGGCUGGCUCUGGGGCAAGGGGGAUGUGGUAGCUUCUAGACUUCGGGGAGGGCCCUGCUGUACGCCACAUCUUUCUCAGUUACCUUCUUCCCAAGAGGCCUCUUAGAUUAGUGUCCAGGUGAGGGUGCAGAAGCAAAAACGAAAAGAAGGCUCAGCCUGACUUAAGCAAAUCCUGAAACAAGCUCCACCCAAGAGAAGAAAACAACUUCGGUCCGGUUCAUUUCCUCAACAUAGUGGAGGGCAGGGCUCUGCUAUGGUCAGAGGCUUAAGGAAUGCCGGGCUCCCAAUAGUGAACCAUCUCAAUGGACUAGGGGGAUGGUGGAACUUGGGAAAUAAACUACCUGAGCCAACAACUCCACACCUGAAAGGUGCAAAGCACGAUUUACAGCACCACCUCCCUUGGGGCUGUUGAAGUAGUUCUGCUCCAGCAGGGGUGAGGAAUCUCUGAUGGAAUCACCACUUCAAGGACUAAGAAUCCCCCCAUUGGCACUCCUGAAUGCCACAGCAUAGAGCUCAGAGGGCCCGGCAGCCUCUACCCAGGAGAAGAUGCUAUUAAGAGGCCAUUCUGUGGCCAUCAAAGAGCAGAUGUGUACUGACGGAAACAGAAAACUAGGGAACAAUGUUCCACGGGAAUGGAGGAAGGCACACCCGGGUUUAGGUGCCAGGUGAGUGUGGGAUAACUUCUCCGGCCUAACUCCUGGGCUUCUGAGAGCCAGCCUUGGAAGGCUGCACCUUGAUUUUCUCGCCCCCUCUGAUAACAGCUCCCAGAAGAGCCUCUGUCCUGGCCAGACUUGCUACAGCUCAUUUUCCAGUCCUGCGGCCCACAACCACUAGACAAUAAGAUCCAAUACUUCAACACAGAACCGAUAACGUGCUGCCCGGUGAGACCAUCAAGUCCAACAAACCACCCCCCACGGGGACCCUGGAGUCAGGCAGAACAAGCCACUGAUCAAAACUGAGAAUGGAAACAACACAUCGCUAUGUAAAGCAGGGCUGCCCCGGGACUCACCCGCUGGAAGGCCUCCAGAGGAAUUUCUAGCUCCCUACUACUGGCCCUGGGCGUUGGCGGGAGCGGCUGCUCCAAUCCCUACAUGUGGAUGCUGCAAUUACCCAAAGCAUGAAACCCAGCUUCCCACCUGACUGAGUCAGCUGAAAACAAAAACACUCCAAGGCUGCCACACACCAGCCCAAGCAGCCAAACCACUAAUCAGAGCCUGAGAGGCACCAGCCUCAGAGCGAGAGCAGCCCCGCACCUGCCGGACGGGAGAAGAGACGGAGCAGGGAGCCGACACGGUGCCACAGUGCCGUUCAGGCCGGAGCCUGCCCACACAGGGGACCAUCCCAAGAAGCUCUCACUCCAGUAAGUGCCUCUUCCCCUCUGGGUCUUCUCCCUCGGGAUCCCAAGGAUCCAGGCGGCUCCCUGUCAGGGGCUCCCAGCUCUGUCCUCUCCUCAGUGGAGCAUCUUCCUACAACUUUUGGUGACUCGUCUGCUCUCCAGUGCCCUGACAGGAACCCUGGACUGGACAGAGUCACAGGGGCUCAAGCAGGACACCCAGGAGGCCUUGGGUUCCUGCCCACAGUCCCACAUUGUCUCCCAUGCCUCGGAACCUCUGAGAGUCCGUCUAUCUGUGGGCCAAGAGGCCUCCCGAGAGCAGCCACGGUGGCCCACUUUCCUCAGGCCCAUGGAGACGUGGCGGAAAGGAUCUUUCCGCAACAACUCUUUCUUCAAACGUCUGAGCCUCGGGAGGCCCCGGCGACUCCGACGGCAAGGCAGCGUGCUCAGCCAGGCCAGCACUGCCAGGGGAGACCAUGAGGAAUACAGUAACCGGGAGGUCAUCCGGGAGCUGAGGGGAAGGCCGGAUGGCCGCCGCCUGCCCCUGUGGGGGGACGAGCAGCCCAGAUCCACACUGCUGGCACCCCCGAAACCCCCUCGCCUCUACCGUGAGAGCAGCAGUUGUCCCAACAUUCUGGAGCCCUCCCCCUCGUACACGGCUGCCUACUCGGCCACUCUGCCCUCUGCUAUCUCCCUGGCUGGAACACUGCACGAGUAUUCAGAGGACGACUCCCUGGACACCAGGCCCCUCCAGGGGGCACCCACCGACGUCACCGACCCCUUCUUUUCCUUCAAAGUGGACCUGGGGAUAUCGCUUCUUGAGGAAGUCCUGCAGAUCCUGAGAGAGCAAUUUCCCAGGGACCCGUGGGCCUGAAUGGGGUGCGAGGGGGAGGGGUGGGGGGAGGAAAAAACAAGACCGAGGGGAGAUGGCUGAACUGCUGACUGCCAAAGGCCGAGUGUGAGCUUUAUCCCCAUUUUGUGGAGGAGGUAAGAAGGGCAGGAGUCACAGACUCCUCCUCUCACAGGGCGCAGUGGGGCAAGAGGAAUGACUUCCUGGACAGGAGGAUGGAGGGAAAUAGCUAUGGCCACAAGGCCAGGCCAGGCAGGGAGCCAGCAGGGAGCCAGCAGGGCAGAGGCAACAAGUGGGAGACACAGCAGGAGUGUGGCAGAGGGAGGUGCACAGAGGUAUGGGGCAGAGCUGACGUGACAGGGAAGGGGUAACGAGCCAAGGACCGGGCAAAGCAACAGGCAUGCAGAUCAGGAGGAAAGGCGGCUCUGAAGCCAGAGCAGAAAGCGAGUCAGGCUGGGGGCGGGAAGAUGAAGAGAAACGGUGAGAACAGCUCAUCCUAGAACAGAAACCCAGCCACAGCGAUGGGUGUCAGGGACUAGAGGCUGAGAUGGGAAGGUCUGGGUGGUGGCACCAGAGACACCAAGUCAGACUCAGAGCAGAAGAUACUGUGGGCAACCCUCAGAAUGAGGAGUUUAGGAUCACUGGCGACAGACGCUAGAUCAAAGCACUUGGCACAAGGCUCGCUGGAAGCACCAGGACAUUUAGCAGAAACUAAGGGGAGAGGAAGUGAUUCACACUCUUGUCAGGAUCCAGAAGAAUGAGGAGAAGGAAGAACUCUCUCUUAUCACAGCCCUGAAUGGAGGGAGCAAUCAUGGACUCUGGGCUGGCACUUGGCAGAGCUACAGAUGAUCUCACGGUGCCCAGUUAGGACUGAGAAGCUGCCAGCGCCUGUCCUGCCUAGACCCAUCACCAGAAAAGUCCUUCAGGAAGAUACCUGCCAGCUUAAACAAGGCUCCUUGGAUUGGGCAACAAGACACAGCCCUUGGGCCAUGGCUGGGGAAUUAGAACAAGAGACUCUAAAGCUGGACUGACCCUAAACUGACUUCUUCAAAGCUUAUAAGAACAGAAGAAAACUUAAAUCUAAGUAACUUCUCCUCUUGUCUUGUUAGCUUUCAUACCAGUGCCCUAAGCCGAGAAGCCCCUCUGUGUAUGCCAAAAAUAAUAAAAAUGGACACUAUGACCACAUUAAGGACUUACAAGCCAGAGAAUAACGUACCCUUGUGGAAGGACCCUAGGAUUGUCUUGAGAAGCAAUUCUUUGCUUCUCGCGGGUCCCUGUGGGUGUCUGGGACUGCACAGAAUCAGCCCUCUCACUGCUGGUAAUGGGCUGCCUAGGGUGGAGGGCCCUCUGAGGCUCAGGGUGUGACUGAUGCCAACAUACUGAGGGGGGGCACUAGCCUUCCACUCACCAUGGUAGAGCUCAGGGGGCACCAAGGGUUGGGAACAAUCUCCUCUUCUUACUAUCUCCUCGCCCAUCCCAAAUUCCCGAGGCAUCUCCCAAGUCCAGAUAUUCGCACCCUAGCACCCGAUGGACAGGUUUCAUUCCCUAUAUUAAAAGUAUGGGAGGAAGCAGUAGAUUUCUAGAACAAGAGAACCAUAGCACUGCAACACUGCUGCAACCACAAGAGCACAAUUAAAGUUCUUUGGCUUCCUCCCAAGAGCAAGUGUUGGGGAAGUGGGAGGGAGCAUCCAAGUUCCCUCCUGUAUCCCUGGCACAUCUGGUUAGAUGGGGAGGUGCUGGGGGAAGAAACCUUAUCUUCUGCACAGAAGUCAAGUCAGUUUAUUCCUUUAAGGCAGUGAUUCUCAAAGUGUGAUCUAGAGUCCCUUGAAGUCAAAACUAUUUCAUAAUAAGCUGUUUUAAUUCCUAAUAUGCUAAAUAUCAAUAGUCAUAACCCACACAAACCAAAGCUCUUUGGGGGGGGGGGAAGGAGAAGGACCUUAGUAAUUUUUAAGAGAAUAAAGGUGUCCUGAGACCAAAAAGUUUGGAUUCUUGACUAGAUGGAGAAGGAGGCAGAGAAGAGGUUCCCUAAGAUUC